AUGGAAGCUCCAGCCCCAGAUUGGUCCGGGCUACCGGCGGAUAUAUUAACCACCGUACUCCAGUUGCUCGAGUGCCCGGAUCUCCUCCGAUCCGCCUCCGUCUGCACAGCCUGGCACAAGGCGGUCUCUGUGCUCCGGCGUAUCGGUGUUUGCCCUGCCUCCCAGACACCCUAUUUACUCUAUUGCACUGAGGCCGCUGGCAGGAGCGCUCUUGGCAUGUACAGUCUCUCGGAGCGAAAGGCCUACACCAUGCCCCUGCCUGAACCUCCCAUCAACAACUGGAUUGGCUCAACACAUGGAUGGAUAGUCACCAUGGAUAAAAGGUCUGACCUGACGCUGCUCAAUCCGAUCACUGGUGACAGGAUUGCACUCCCUCCCGCAACGACCAUGGAACACGUCAAACCUAUCCUUAAUGAUGGCGGAGUUCUUGAGAAGUAUGAGGUGUCUUACUACGACGGAGAGCUUCCGAGGGUGGAGGAUACACCCUAUGUAUCUGAUUUGGACGAGUAUGGUGAUUUUUUCUAUACUAAGGCAAUUUUAUCAUCUGAUCCAUCGAAAGGUGAAUGCAUUGUCAUGCUCAUCCACCAGCCAUAUGCUCAGCUCUCGUUUACCAAAGUGGGAGAUGUUCACUGGAAUUGGCUCAAAAUAUGUAAUUUCUAUGCAGAUUGCAUAUCCCAUGAUGGAUGGUUCUAUGCAAUGACUCCUCAAGGUGCAAUUGAUGCGUUUAAUUUAAAUGGACCAUCUGUCAUCCACGAAAGAGUUUUGCCAGAUAUGUUUUUGUUUGGUGAAAGAUCAUACAUUGUUAAGGCCCCAUGGGGAGAUGUCCUCCAGGUUGAUAGGAAGCAGAUUCUGGAUCAUGAACAACCAGGUGGUGAGACGUAUAUCACUAAAAUCGAAGUGUACAAGGUAGAUUUUGUUGAGCAAAAGCGUGUCAAGAUGAAAGGAAUAGGUGACCAUGCGUUGUUUAUCGGCAAAAGUACAACGUCUUGCUUCAGUGUAAAGCAUCAUCCAGACUUGAUGCCAAACCAUGUAUAUUUUACUGAUGAUCAUGAUGACGAACUAGUAACCGGGAAAGAUGAUCUCCGUGACAUAGGAGUGUACAACUUGGAAACUGAUACCACAUGUAAGGUGGUUUAUCCUGAACCCUGGCGGACGUGGUUCCCUCCAAUAUGGUUGACACCCAACCUUGCAAAAAGAGGUACGGUUUCAACUUCUCUCCAGUAUAUAUAUUCUCAAAUGCUACUUGUUGUAUAUUCCAUUUUCAAUAGCAACCAUUCUCUCAUUUCAUUUUUCAGUGCUUACGUACAUAAUAAGAGAAAUGCACUUCGAAUUAUAUGCGUGUCCGCGUAG